UUAAACGGCCUGCCCGGAGAUGGCUAGCCCCGCAGCAGGUCGAGAUGUCCCGAAUGCUUCGCCGCAGGACGAGCCGGAACAUUCGGGGCCGAACCAUCCAGAACCAGCCUGUCUGGAGGCACAGAAAUGGAUAGAGGCUGUAACUGGGAAGAGCUUUGGAGACAAGGACUUCCGCAGUGGAUUGGAGAAUGGCAUCCUGUUAUGCGAGCUGCUGAGUGCAAUCAAACCAGGGCUGGUCAAGAAGAUCAACAGACUGCCCACCCCCAUCGCCGGGCUGGACAAUCUGUCAGUCUUCCUGCGGGGCUGUGAGGAGUUGGACCUGAAGGGCUCCCAGCUGUUUGACCCUGGAGACUUGCAAGACACUUCCAUACGAGCUAACCUAAAGGACUCUGACUGCAACCGCAAACUCAAAGAUGUGCUGAACACAGUGUUCUGGCUUGGGAAGGCUGCCAGUGGCUGCGCAUCCUACAGCGGCCCUACUCUCAACCUCAAGGAGUUUGAAGGGCUUCUUGCUCAAAUGAAGUUGGAGAGUGACGAAGGAGGCGACAGUUCACAGAAGCGCAGCGUUAGAGACAGCGGCUACGAUUGCUGGGACUCUGAGAGGAGUGAUUCACUCUCUCCACCACGACACACUCGCGACAACUCCCUAGACAGUCUGGACUCCUUUGGCUCGCGAUCACAGCACAGCCCUUCUCCUGAUGUGGUGAAUCGAGGACACAGUGAUGGGCGAGGCAGCGACUCGGAGGCUGAUGCCCCCAGCAGGAGGCCAGAUGUGCGGAAGGAUGACAUGUUGGCCAGACGGACAGCCAGCAGUGAAUCAAGAAACUUGAUUCCCUUUAACCAGUUCCUUCCCAACCGAACCAACGCCAGCUCCUACAUCCCGACACCACGGCGAAAACCACAUACAGAGGAAGGAGAGCAGCGGAGGAUGAGCCGGCGAGUUGCUUUUAUGUCUAAGGACACUGAGAGUGUGAGCAUGGGUGACAUGCUUAACGAGGAAGAGGUUGGACACUUACCACCACUGAGCCAAUCACGAUAUGAGCGCAUGCACGAGCAGUACAACAACUUUCAGGAAGAUGACGACCACUGGCAAAAUGAAUUGGCUCGUUGGAAGAAUCGGCGUCGCAGCACGUCCCAGGAACUGAUCAAGAAAGAGGAAGAGAGGAAGAGGAUGGAGAAAAGGAUGAAGGAGGAGGGAAGUGACUGCAACAAGAGGAAAAGCAUUAAGACCUACAAAGAGAUCGUGGAGGAGAAGGAGCGUAGAGAGGCAGAUUUGUGUGACGCCUACAGGAAUGCAGCAACUCCAGAGGAAGCUGCCAUGGUUUUACAGCGUUAUGCUCUUCGCUUUACCAUCAGUGAUGCAACACUGGACAGCCUAAAACUGCCCAGAUCCACUGCAAAUCCCAAACAGAACCUUGAUAAGGUGGAUACGGAGCACAAAACGACUUCACCUGUAAAUGAAACCUCAGAACCUCUGCACAAACCAGAACCACGUGUUAUAAAAGACCACUGGCACACAGAGCCUAAAGAGAUGGAGACAAAAACAACUGCUCAACACGCGACAUCAGUUUCUGUCCCUUCCAGCUCCCCGACACCUGGCAACACUCUCAGCCCGGUCACAAACUCAGACCAUGUGCCACCUCGGUCACUAGAACUGAAUGAACCUCAAUCCAAACUGACAGAGUCUCCAACCAAACAACAAAAACAACCGAUUACAGGAGAUGCAAAGCCUCAAGCCAAACACACGCCACCUCAUAUUCCACAGGUGCAGCCUCAAACCACACAGCCUGUACACACACUCCCCUCAUCUCCAUCUGUAUCUCCCAGACCCGUCCCUCUGCUGGCAGCCAAGCCCUACUGCCAGCCCAGGAACACACUGUCUGGACACAAACCUGUCAAGAUGGACGGGUUGGUGCGAGUAAAUGGAGAGGUGACAGAAGAUUUAUCUGUUUCUACUUUACCUACAUCUACUCGACACUCGCCACCGGAGGUCAAAGAAGUUCCCUCCAAACAGAUGGAGAAAGAUGCUCCCUCCAAACAGCUGGAGAAAGAAGUUCCCUCCAAACAGCUGGAGAAAGAAGUUCCCUCCAAACAGCUGGAGAAAGAUGCUCCCUCCAAACAGCUGGAGAAAGAAGUUCCCUCCGUACAGAUGGAGAAAGAAGUUCCCUCCGUACAGAUGGAGAAAGAAGUUCCCUCCGUACAGAUGGAGAAAGAAGUUCCCUCCGUACAGAUGGAGAAAGAAGUUCCCUCCGUACAGAUGGAGAAAGAAGUUCCCUCCGUACAGAUGGAGAAAGAUGUUUCCUCCGUACAAACGGAGAAAAACGUUCCCUCUGAGCAGAUGGAAAAAGACAUUCCUUCCAUACAGAGAGAGAAAGAUGUUCCCUCCAAGUCUAAUGCGACAAAUCAGGAGACGGUAGAGCAAGCGCCAUCUCCAAAGACAGAAAGAUCGACCACGUCUUUAGGCUCUGCCAUCAGCUCCUUGAUUGGAGGUCGAAACUGUACCAUCACUACAACUAUCGUGACAGAGCUCACGCAUGUGGAGCCACAUCACCCGGACAUCCAAAGUAAUGGACAGAUUAAUGGUACUUCUGGGUUAUCUGGAAGUCCAGUGGGCGGGGGAAAGACUCAGCCAGCUACAUCACCAAACAGCAUGCAAGAAUAUUCUCCCACUGCCACAGAGGGACUUGAGGAGAGCAGUGUGACUAUUGAGACCCCCAUGUUGAACUUGGCUAAACGUGUUAAUCACUGGGUCUGGGACCCCAAUGAGGAACGUAAACGCCUGGAAAGUUGGCAACAGGAGCAGGAGCGCCUCCUACAGGAGCAAUACCAGAAAGAACAGGAGAAGCUGAAGAAUGAGUGGGACAAAGCGCAGCUGGAGGUGCAGGAGGAGGAGAGAAAACACAAUGAAGAGGAGAGAAGAAUCCUAGAGGAGACUGUAACACCCUUAAAUCCCACUGGCUUGUUAAACCAGCAUUCAGUUCAGACAGGGACAACUUCAUCAGCUCCAGAAAACAAUGAGACAGAAAGAGGACAUAUUCCUCUACAGCAAAGCAGCCAAAGAAGGGAAAGGAACGAAGAUCAACAUGCAUCGAAGCUGCAUUUUUUCCAGGAUUCUGCAUGUGAUGGUGAACAUUCAAAGGAACAGGGACUGUGGAAGACAGCCUCUCUGGACCGCAACCCUCAGUUAAACCAGCCACAUAUUGUUAAAAGGUCUGAGUCCCAUGAUGCUGUAACAGGCAAACAGCAGCCCUCCCCUGCACCACCUCAGCCUCCCUCACCCAGCAGGUGUGUUAGUGGGAAGAGACUAUGUUCUGGUUGUUCUCAACCACUGGGAAAAGGAGCUGCCAUGAUCAUCGAUACACUGGGACUUUUCUUCCACAUACAGUGUUUCAAGUGUGGAGUGUGUGAUGGGCAGCUAGGUGACGCCUCUGCAGGGACUGAUGUACGGAUUCGUAAUGGACUGCUGAGCUGUCAUGAGUGCUAUAUUGCAUCUCGGGGCAGAGGUCAGCCCACCACACUAUGAUGACCUCCUCUGUCUUUGUCAGUGAUUGGAUGGAGAAGAAUUCAUAACUCCGUAACUCACAUUCUGGCAAACUCUCGGAAUCAUUGUCUUUUUCCUGAAAUGCACAAACUGUUUUAUGGAUGCCACUUUGAGUGAAAACUGGACUGACCUGGACUGAGUGACAAAACAUCACAUGCACAUGCAAUACAGUGUGUGUGCUUAUUAUACACUUCAAGAUUUUGAAUAUGUGUAGCAUGGAUGUAAUUAAUAAAAUUUGUGUGUUAAGACCUUUGCACAACCAUACUUAGCACAGUUAAGAUACUAGAAUAAGGAUCUGUUCUAUAACAAGCUUAACAUGUUACGCUAAAAGCUGAACCACUACACAUCAGUCUCAAAGUCUUGAUUCAUUAACCCCUGCUUCUGCACUGAUGACUGAUGAUGGUUUGGGUUGGAUAACCUGAAGUAGCUCAACCUUUAUAAUGCCUUACUCAUCAUCAUACCUUUGCAUUCUUUUUGGGUUUUGUGUUUACUGUUUUGCAUGAAAGAAGAACAUGUAUAAGUUAUUGCUCAGAUGGAGUAGUGUGCGCUUGACGUUCGUUGUUGUCGUCUCAACACCUAAACUUUAACUUCCCUCUUGUAUGUUGUACAUCAUCAUGAUAUUUUUCAUUUUGGGGGGGGAUCUGGCUAACUUACGCAAGCUUUUUUCUUUAUAAUUAUUUUUACUGGAACGAGAAUGCAUGUUAUUAAUUAUAUACUUGUUGUUUUUUGGAUUUUUAAAUAUUUUCCCCUUAAAAUGUUUUCGCCAUUGUUAUUCUCAUAGACUGACUGAAUCCGAAACAGUGCCUUAUGUAAUGAAUGCGAGGGCUAGUGUAUAGCGUAGGAGUAAUUCACACUCACACAGACCUCUGGGUCUUGGCACAUGCGUGUGUGUGUGUGUGUGUGUGUGUGUGUGUGUGUGUGUGUGUGUGUGUGUGUGUGUGUGCUUGUGUAUGAAAUCAUACAUGUAUUGGUAUGUAUGCAAUGUGUGAGUUGACUUGAAGCACAGUUCCAUACCAGCAACAAACAUUUUAAAUAGAUCUCCAAAUCACCUGUUGUUCCCUUACACCCCCUCCCAGGAGAUGAACCAAUGACACAAAGUGAUUUGCUGCUUCCCUGUUAGUUAUUCCCCCGUAUAAUGACAGUUUCACAAUGUCCAAAAAUCUCUCCUCGUCUGCCUCUAUCACAAGUGUUGCCUCUCCAGAGUCUGAGCUGAAUGCCCUUCUCCUCUGUGUGUCACAGUCUAUCUGAACACCUGAUAGCGUCUUCAUUAGAGGAAUAGAGCGCUCAGUUCAUUGUCUUUUAUAGCAAGUGUAUGUUUAUCAAUAAAAUAUUUUAAAUGGGA